GAAUUUUAGAAACUAUUUCAGAUCACGCAGAUAGUUGACGGAGUAACUCAGAAGGAACUUUAACUUGGAGUCAUUGCUGUAAGUAGUGUCCUGACAACUACCUUCCGUCUACCUGACCAAGAAUCCCACAAAUAGAAAAGGAUUGGCCUUUGUAUUGAAAGGAAGAAACUAACUUUGGAAGGUGUUAGCUAGCUUUCAGGCUAGCAUGCACUGAGAGGUAGUUUGUCAGCGCAAAACAAACAGUGUAGCCGAUGCUAGCAAGCUAGCUGGCAAGUACAGGCAAGUAAAAUAUCUGGACAACUUUCGGAGAAGAUGAGUAAACCGCACCAAAGUGUAGAGCUAACUGUCCCGGGAGGAUCCGCCAAAGUCGACAGCACCAAGAUGGACGACAUGACUGUGGAGCAGAUGGCCGAGCGGGCCAACCAAGUGACAGAUGAGUCGCUGGAGAGCACCAGGCGCAUGCUGCAGAUGGCAGAGGAGAGCAGAGAAACGGGGGCCAAGACCAUGGAGAUGCUGGACCAGCAAGGGGAACAAUUGAGAAAGGUGGACGAGGGCAUGGACAAGAUAAACGAGGACAUGCGGCAGGCCGAGAAGAACCUGACUGACCUCUCCAAGUGCUGUGGCCUGUGUGUGUGUCCAUGUGACCGGGUAAAGUCUAUUGAGCAUGACGGGCGGUACAAGCGCACCUGGGGCACGGGCGAGCCCACCAGCGGAGAGGGUGGCCAGGGUGGCGUGGUGUCCAACCAGCCGACCAGCCUACGCAACGGGGUGCCACAGGUGGCCGUGGCCUCGGGAGGCUACAUCACCAGGGUAACGAACGAUGCUCGGGAGGAUGAGAUGGAGGAGAAUCUGGAUGCGGUGGGAAGCAUUAUCGGGAAUCUGAAGAACAUGGCCAUGGAUAUGGGCAAUGAGAUCGAUAAGCAGAACAAAACCAUCGACCGCAUCACCGACAAGGCCGAUAUGAACAAGGCUCGCAUCGAUGAGGCCAAUCAGAGAGCCAACAAGCUCCUGUAGAGGACCUUCUCCCCCCCCCCAGCCCACCGACCUCACCCAGCCUGCCCCAAAGGAACUGCACUAACUUCUAGGCCCCCCACAGAGCCAGCCUCCUCUAGGCUCCAUCAAACACCCUGCCCGUCUGGAUCUCCCACAUCCAGCCUAGCUCGGUGGGAUCGCCCAGGUUACCUUGCCCCAUCCCAUAAUCAUGUCCAGUCAGAGCUCUCCUCUGUGAGUUUCUCUAAACUGCCCCCAGCAGGCCUCCGAGAGAGGGUUUGUUACCCCACUGUUCUGCCCCUUCCCCUCUCUGGUGGUGUCUGCCGGUCCUAGAAAAGCCACCGCAGCUACCCCUCCCCUCCCCACCCCACCCCCCUAGUCAGGGCCCAGUCUCAGGUGGGCUCCCGUGAGCCCAGUCUCUCUUAACGCCCUUCAGCUGCUGUCCUGUGCCUCGUGAAGGCAGCUCCCCUGUCCUCCUCUCUUCCUCCUCUCCUCCUCUCCUCUCCUGUUCUCUGCCUUAUGAACGCCAGGCCACUGAGACCAUUCAGCUGCACAAGGAUUGAGAAGACGAGAAGGCGAACUGAGGUCUCCUCUUCAUCGUUGGCUUUCCCUUCAUGUGCGUCUCCACCAACCCAUCAGAUGUUUGUUAUUUUAUUUUGUUUUGUUUGUUUGUUUUUUUUCUUCCUCUGAAAUUCUCAAAAACAUUUUCUCCCCACUUUUUGAACCAUUUUCCCCUUUGAUGUUCUGCCCUACGUGCCUUGCUUUAUUCUCCUGUAUCCCCAAAAGUCAAAGGUUUUCAGAAGAGAAAAAGGGCGUAGAUUUCUUGGAAGUGUAACUUAAAAGAAAGCGGGCACACUUUAAAAAUAUCUGCCUUGCACAAUUAGGAACUUUAUUCAGUGCCAUCUGUGCCUAUUUUCUCAGUUUUAAUGUAUGUACAUACAGUAUGUUACACACAGACACACACAUAUUCAUACACACACACACACACACACACACACAAACUCGUCGCCUCUUGUACAAUCAAGUCCUCCCCUCCAUUCUCUGAUAUGCGAGACAGACAUGCUGGAAUUGUACAGGACGCAGUCAACUCACUCUCUACUUAAGCUUUCUACAUUUCCACUGCUCAGUGGUGUGACCUUGUCAUGUGACCUUGUCAUGUGACCUUGUCAUGUUUAGCUGGAGGUGAAAGCCAGUCUGUAGUGUCUGUCCUUGGCCCUUUAGACCUGUUCUAGUACAUAUGUAUGUUAUGGACUCUGUUUCCAUCUUGAGACAGACAUUUGUCUUGGCCAAAGACCUGAUGAGAAAGUUGUCCCUUUUUUUCCCUCAAAUGAUGUGUGUGCAUGUUUGGUCUUUUUUUGUGAAUCAUGGUAUGGCCUCAUUAUAUAUCAUGAUUGUCUUGUAAUUACAUUUUGUUUUGUUUUCAUUUUGUAUCAUUUUGAGAUUGCGUGUGCCUAUUUAAUAAUUGUUAUGGAGGAGUGAUGACUUUAAAGUGAGAUUUUUUUUAAUCCUUAGCACACAUGUUAGUUCAGUUAGAGGAGUACUCAGUGGACAUAGUAGAAAGCCUUAUCGUAUGGGAGCGAAAAAGAUUGUACAGUUUAUCAGUGUGUGUACUAUGAAUUGAGCUAAACUUUAAUUAAGUCUCCAUCUUCAAAAAUCAAACUGGUGAACUGAGCAUUUUAAGUAUAUAAUAACUCUUAAUAAAAUCAAAAGAUUCUGUUUCA